UGAAGAUGCAUGUGGGGCAAAAAGGAACCAUAAGAGCGAGAAGAAAAUGAAGAGAGAGCUGAGGAAACUUGUCAUGAGAGAGAUGAAGAGAGCUCAUCUACAGAGAAGAGUCCAGGAAACAGAAGCAGAUGAACAUGACACCUCCUCUCAGUCCUCUCUGAAUCUGACCUCAGACCAGGACCGUUCAUCCUCUCAGGAGUCUCUAGAAGUGGAGGCACCCCUUAGUGACAUGCUGGAUAGGGUCGAGUCUGGUCUCAGUCUGUCAGAGCAAAACAUGGAGUCACUGGAAGUGGAGGCAACCCUCAAUGACAUCCUGGACAAGGUUGAGUCUGACCUGACUGCAGCAAAAGAGGCAGCAGAAGAAAAGGAGGCAGUGGAAGUGAAGGCUGCUCUCAAUGAUCUGCUGAGUGGUAACGGAACAGAACUGGUAACUUCACUGAGUGGUAUCCAGGAUGAAGUGGAGUCUUGCGCUACAGGCCUGGAGGAGAAACAACUAGAUAAGGAUGUGAAGGCUCCUCUCGAAAAUAUCCUAGAAAGUGUUGAAUCUCCUCAGAGAGGGACACAUGCUGACGCACUGACUGCCGUGACUGUGGAGGCAGAAAAGAGCGUGGAGAAGGAUGCAGAUGAAAUCAAGGCAGCUAGUAUCCUCUCAGGUCCCUCUCUGGAGGUUGGGCUUCCUAGAAAGGAAACUGAAAAGGAAGGACAAAAAGAGGAAAGGCGGCUGGAUGGGCCCUCACUUGACCAAGUUUUGGAGGAUUUGGAAAUGACCUGCAGUGAGUACAGAGGUCCAGCAGCACCAGCAUUUAGCUACACUUUCCAUGAUAAAGUCCCUAAGUGUGAUUUGCCUUUAAAUGUUGCUUUAGAUGCGCUAAGAGACUUCCUUGAAACCAACAAGAGAGCACUGAGCAAAGGCCAUUAUGAAGAGGCGGCUGGAGACCAAGUAGAGAAAGAGGAGCCUGUUCAGAUGGAAGCAGUGGGAAUCCUCACCCUGAAAGAGACGGCUGCUUCCCUGGUUGAUGUGGAGACCUCAAAGUCUUCAGCUGAAGAGCAGAAAAACAACCCCCUGCAGACUGGAGCUGUGCAGAAGAAGAAAGUCAGACGGGGAAAAAGGGGCCGAGGCGCCAAGGGAAACAAAAAGACCAACACCACCACGCCUCUCCAGAACGAGGGAGGAGAAGAGAGGAGCAGAGCCCAUCCUCCCCAGACUGUUGUUGCGGGGAGGGGAGACAGAGCGGAGGAGAGAUGGCCUGCGAACCACAAACGGAGCCAGAGAGAGGAGGUGAGGAGCGGAGCCCACGUGAGACGACAACAGAGCCAGAUGGAGCCCGUCUCCGGGAGUGGACAUAGGAUGAGGGGGAGAGGACACACGACGUGGACCGGAGGCACAGGGAGAUGGGAUGGACAAUGGCGAGGACCCGUGAGGAGGUGGUGGGGUGGAGCUCAGGCAGACUACACACAGUGGGGCGGUGAGGAGUAGAGACGUGUGGAGAGAGACAUGAGGCAUCUGAGGGACUGGCAUCAUUCUCAAUGGAGAGGAGAGGAUGGCAGACAUCCCCACUACUGGCAGAAUGGGAAGCAAUGAGGGAGAGGA